AUGCCCACAACAGUUGUAGCUGAGUCAGACAAAAACAGGAGCCCAGAUCCCAAGACCCCAAUUUGUCUCUUAUAUGGGUAUCAGGAACACAAGAGGAUUCCACAAAAGACAGAGGACAGUGGAACCACGGGACCAGACAAUACAUCUCAAAUAUUUCCAAACUCCUUCUUGAUGAUGGGCAUCCCAGGACUAGAGCACCUGCAUGUCUGGAUUGGGAUUCCCUUCUGCUCCAUGUAUGUGGUGGCAGUGGUUGGGAAUGUGACCAUCCUGGCUGUGGUGAGGGCAGAGCGAAGUCUCCAUGAGCCUAUGUUCCUCUUUCUGUGCAUGCUGUCCAUCACUGACCUGGUCCUCUCCACAUCUACAUUGCCUCGCAUGCUCUGUCUCUUCUGGCUCGGAGCCCAUGGCAUUGCUUUUGAUGUUUGCCUGGCCCAGAUGUUCUUCAUUCACAGCUUUACUGCCAUGGAGUCAGGCUUUUUCCUGGCCAUGGCCAUUGAUUGUUACAUGACCAUCUGUGACACUCUACACCAUGCCUUAAUCCUCACCCAUGGUCACAUUGCCAAAAUGGGAGCUGCUGUGAUCCUCCAGGGAGUGGGCUUCUUUUCUCCACAUCCCAUCCUGCUCAAGCACCUCCCCUACUGCAGGACUCGAAUCAUUGCCCACACCUACUGUGAAUUUAUAGCAGUGGUGAAGCUGGCAUGUGUGGACACGGGAGCCACCAAGCACUACAGCCUCAGCGUAGACUCUGUCAUUGGUUCUUGUGAUGGAUUUUUCAUUGCUUUCUCUUAUGUUCUGAUCCUCCGUACUGUCUUCCAUCUUCUAUCUCAGAAAGCUAGUCAUAAAGCUCUAGACACAUGUGGGUCCCAUGUCUGUGUCAUCGUUGUUUUCUACUCCACAGCUGUCUUUACCUUCCUGACCCAUCCUUUUGGCCACAAUGUGGCCCCCCACAUACAUGUAUUCAUUGCCAAUAUGGGUCUUACAGUACCACCUUUUCUAAACCCCAUUGUCUAUGGUGGUAGGACAAGGAAAAUUCGAGACCAAGUCCUUAGUUUUCUAAGGAUGAAAGUUGCCUGA